UAACAGUGAACACAACCCUUUACAAAAGCGCACGCACUUAAAAAACGCAAACAGGGCGUGGCGAGGCGCGUCUUUUUCAUCCACUGUUUUGACUCACGCUAACUAGGCUACGCAGAAAAUUAUUGAAUAGGACCACGCUUAGAUCACUCAGAGGGCAAGAUGACUUCAUACCUGUGGAUUUUACUUUUGGCAAGUAUUGUGGCAACAAGAGCGCAAGAAUUGGACCUUUCUGAUGCCCUUUUUGAUGUUGACGACAAGCCCACUGAAAAGCCACCGGUGAAACCAGCCCCACCCAAAAACUCAAAUCCAAAUGGGUUUGAUCUGACAGAUGUGUUUGAUAUAGAUCCCAAGAAACCUACUUUUAAUCCACCCACAUCUAAAGAUCCAAAGAAACCAAAUGAAGAAGGCUUUGAUCUGUUGGAUGCACUUGGUCCAGAUCUUGAGCCCAAAAAGCCUCUAGUCCCACCCAGAGAAGGAGGAACUGGUGGUGGAUUUUUAGAUGACAACGACUUGAUUGAUGUGACUGGAGGUGGGAGUGAUUACAAGCCCGAUGGAGGCCGAAGUGGAGGGCGAGGCGCAGACCCUCAAAACGAUGGCACCUCUGACCAACCUCAAGAUCUAAACCAGCAGUGGCUCCAGCUUAUCAAGAUGCUAGGCGAUAAUUUACCUGAAGGCCUCAGUGUCCGGAUUGCUCAGUUUAAACAAGUAGUGGAGCCCCUGUUAGAGCGGGUUCUGGAAUUUCUUAAUAUAACAGAGCAAAAGACUGAGCUCUAAAUGUCUUGAAUGGGAAUCUUCUUUGCUUUACAUGAUUGUUUACAUGGUUUUAAAGUUGUUUGUAAGGCUUGGACUGCUGGUGCUUGGGCUUUUUUGAGGUUGAGAUACAAAUCUGGUAGUAAUUACGGUAUUUAAUUGAAUUAAGUUGGCUGUUAUUAAAUAUGAAUUAUAUUGUAUUAUUGACUGGUUUAAUGUUUCUCUUUAUGUAACAAGAGGUAGGUGGAGGCUACUUGUAGUGGUUUGAAAGAAUUGUAAAGCAUGUGGGAAGACCAUCAAGUGAAGAUUUUGGCUAUGAAAUGGAACUUAUUAUACAGUAUAAAAGAUCCUGUUACUUAAUUUUUUGUUGUUUGUUUAGUGAACCAGAAGGGGGGGGUUAUCCCUUCACAUGUUCAUAUUUUUCCUCAGGACAUCCUUUGUGACAUCCUGACAUAUUGUGUGUACGCAGAAAUGGAGAUUUGUCAUAGAUACUAUGAUUAAAAACGCUUAAACAGAGUGGCUUUUGUUUUGCAUCAUCUCAACUGAGAUCUAGUUUCUCAUCUCCUUUGGUUUUGGGUGGUGUAUAUUGGCUUCCUGUUUUUUUUUUCUGUAUAUUGCGGCCAUCUUAUUAUUAUUCAUUUCUGACAACAUUUGUGUGUGUAACAUGGUGUGGUACAAUGUCCCUUUGGCUAAAACGUAACAUUUAAGCUUACUUUGACCUUAAAUAUAUACCAGAGGAUUGAAGUUGGCAACGGUUUGUCCUUGUUAUCCUGAAUCUCAAAGAAACUAGUGGUGGGAAAGGUAUGUUUUUAACCCCAGACUCAUGUAAUUACAUUACACUGUAGAAUUCACUGUUCCUAUAGUCAGGUAUAAAGAAACCGACACAAGAUUACACAUACCACACAUAGCAGGCAUUCAUCCUUUGAGAGAACUCCCUUAGGCAAACAAAGUAUAUUGUGCAUUGAGUUAAGAUGUUGAACAUCUGAAUUUCUGGAACAAUUAUGUCUCAUGAAAGAUACCUUCAACAUUAAUAGCAUUAUUUGACUUUCACCCCUCAGAUAUGCUGCCACUUGUUUUUGACUGGCUUGUAGUUUUUCAGGCUCACGUUUUCUUAUAGGCUCUUUUAAAUCUUCUCUUCUACAGAAACGGGUAUUUUUACUAUCAUUCUUCUUUCAUUUCAGUUUUGGUAAAGCAUUGAAAUGGCUACUUUUUGUACCUUUUGUUCCUUCUUAAUAAAGUUAAAUGCGAGAAUUUUCUUUGGUUAAUGUUAUAUUAAUUGUCAAGCAGGUCCCACUGGGUACACCUUAUUAACAAUGGCACUUUGAGAAUGUAUUGAGCGUGUGUUUGAAGAAAGCGACUAUCCUCACAGCUGGCAAUGUAAAUUUGCUUCUCUUAUUCUAUAAACUGCCUGAGGUUUAGGGAAGGAAAUCUGCAUAGGUCUGAGUGUAAUUUAUCAACAGAUUUUAGUUUCAGUGAGUUCACAUUUAGAUAUGUCGUUUGGAAGCUUAUAUUUACAAUCUUGUCUGUCAGGUUAACUCUUGCAUGCAUGUUUGCAUACACACAAAAAUGGCCGUACUCCGACUACGCCCAGUAAGUUUGGUUAACACACUGGUACUACUACAGUGGCUUAUUUCUGUUACAUUUUAUUACAUUAAAAUUGCCCCUAAUGUCAGAUUACACACUUCCCAGUGUUUUGAAUCUCUCUCUUUCUGACCUAAAACAAUUAGAUCAGCUCAUUGACUGACUGGAUGACUUUGAAAAGGAGACAGGUCUUAACCAAGGCAGAAAAUAGGUUGUAAACUACAAGAGUCUUUAUGGUAUUUUAAUUCGGAGUCAAAAAUGCAAAAUCUGCUUGUUAACUGAUAAUUAUCUAUAAAUUGUAACUAAUUUGAAUUAUUAAUAAUUUCUUGCUUAACUGGUAGAGCAUGGUGUUAACAAAACAAAGGUCAUGACUUUAAUCCUAAAGGAACGCACAUAUAAAUAUAUAUGUAAAUAGAUAAAUGUAUAACUUGAAUACACUGUUAGUUGCAUGGGAUAAGAGCAUCUGCCAAAUGAAUUAUUGCACAUUAGCAUUAAAUGUAUGUCUGCAAGAACAAUUUGGACAAGCCAAGAGGCUUGUUUUCUGGUAGGGUAGCAUUCUGGCAGGAAAUUCCUAUUGCACUCCCUAGUGGCAUAAACCAAAACUGUGCCACUUCUUUUCCUGCUGUGAAAUCCCCAAGGAUCAUUUUAUUCCACAAGAUAUAAUUGGUCAGCUAGUCUAUUUCUCUAAAUGUAUUGAUAACAGAUAAAACCGUUUUGAGGGAAAUGUUAAUUCUUAGUUAUCACUUUGUUUACACACUCUAAAAGCAGUUUAAUC